CUCGCGCGAUGACAAGAUAACCUCAAAAUUCCGCAAUCACACGUCCGGAAGGUGAGCUGGAGAAUUAGCAAAUCCCGGGAAUACAGGGCUUUUUGGCUGCAAAAUUAGAUAAAAAUGUGGGGCGACACUCUCUUAAUUGUCUUCAUAUCCAUUUGCACGGCAUUUUUGGGUGAAGGUCUGACUUGGCUGCUCGUCUACCGGACAGACAAGUACCAGAAGCUGAAGGGAGAGGUGGAGAAGCAGAGCAAGAAAUUGGAGAGACGCAAGGAGAUUCACGGUGAUUCCCUGGACAAGCAGCACAAGAAGAAGAUCGAGCGGGACGAGGAGAGGCUGAAGAACAACAACAGGGAUUUGUCGCUGGUGAAGAUGAAGUCCAUGUUCGCCACGGGAUUCGCCUUCACGGCGCUCUUGAGCAUGUUCAACAGCAUCUUCGACGGACGCGUGGUGGCGAGACUGCCGUUCGUGCCAAUCUCCUGGAUUCAGGGCCUGAGCCACAGGAACUUGCCCGGCGAUGACUACACCGAGUGCUCCUUCAUCUUCCUCUACAUCCUCUGCACCAUGUCCAUCAGGCAGAACAUCCAGAAGAUGCUGGGAUUCGCGCCGUCGCGCGCCGCCAGCAAGCAAGGCGGAGGACUCUUCGGCCCGGCGCCCGGGCAGUUCAAGUAG